AUGUUUAGGAACCAGUACGACACAGAUGUGACCACAUGGAGUCCCCAAGGGAGGCUCUUCCAGGUGGAGUACGCCAUGGAGGCGGUGAAGCAGGGCUCGGCGGCGAUUGGUCUCCGAUCCAAGACCCACGUUGUGUUGGCGAGCGUUAACAAGGCUCAGUCCGAACUCUCGUCUUACCAGAAGAAGAUCUUCAAGGUCGACGAUCACAUCGGCGUCGCCAUCGCCGGACUCACCGCCGACGGCCGUGUUCUGUCCCGGUAUAUGCGAUCCGAGUGCAUCAAUUACAGCUACACUUACGAGUCUCCUCUCCCCGUUGGCCGCCUCGUCGUUCAGCUCGCUGACAAAGCCCAGGAUUAG